AUGGAUGGCGCGUCCACUGCGCAUGCGACCGAUGCUGGAAACGCCCACCAACGCCCAACUGUCGCCGACUUGCACGGGGAAAACCAUUUCGCCCAGGUAGCGAGGAAGAACUGGCUGGCUGCCAAGAAGACGCCCAAGGUGCGACCCGACGUGGUCAAGAAAGAGCUAUGGGACGAACUGGAAAAGGUCGACUUUGCCUAUUCGUCGCUGUUGAUUCUGGAGAACCUGCAGCUGCUGGAGCGAUAUCUGUGGCCUGGAUUCACCGAGGAUGCAUCAAACUACCAUCAUCUGCUGCUGGCGCUCAUGGUCAAUGUCAAGAGGAGGGAGAAUCUGUCGUCAUGGGAACAUUUUGCUAGCAAGCCUGCCGAGUUCUCAUCCUUCUUUCGCCGCAUCCUUUCCAUGACCGUAGAUCCCUCGCAGCCCAGCAAGAUCCGGACACAGCUCAUAUCCUUUGUCAUCGGCGCCUUCCAAUCGCUCGAUAGCGGCCUUGUGCGAAAGGAGUGCGCCCCUUUGGUCGGAAUCUCGAUAUGGCAGAACUUGCACUCGGAUGCUGUGCGCGAGCAGUACUUUGAGGAACACAGCAUGCUGCGCAAGGCAUGGAGGGCUUCAUCAAAGCGCUUCGAUGCUGGAGAUGAUGCGCUGCAAACAAGGCUACGAUUCGAGCGUUCGUGGAUCUACACACUUCUCCUCGACUUUAUAGGCCGACUGUACAACAGCAAUUCUAGGGAAGAGAUGAGGGACAACAUAUCCUAUUGCGAGCGCUUCAUGGAGCUCCUGGUCGACUUGCAGAGCCAGCUGCCAACACGACGAUAUAUCAACACCCUUCUCCAGGAUCUGAACAUGCUUCCAGCGAUUCGACUGUCGCCAAUGUACACCGACGAGGACAAUGGCCUUUUCCGCGACAUGUUUGACCUACUGAGCCACUUUACAAAUUUCCCCAUCGAGGAUCAGACUGGCCGGCAAUUAUCCAAGCUGGAGUACGACCAGCAGCACUACGACAUUUUGGCGAAACUGCAACGGACUGGCUAUGCUGCGUUUCAAGACAAGCUUCAGCUUAUGGCUCUGGCAAACUACAGCAGUAUUGGUAACAGGGAAGAACUGGAUGGUCAUCUUCGCACCUUGAGCGAUAGUGAACUCGUCGAGCUUUGCUCUCUCAUGGGCCUACGGACCGAGUACCCGAACACAACAUACUUGGUACGAGAUCGGGCCUUUUACAUGGAGACUUUGGUCACACUCGUCGAGCAACGCCCUACAUUCAAGGACAAUGUUCGCGAUAUGCCAGUACUCCCGACAGAAAAGGUGCUUUACGAGACGACAUUUCUGCGAAAUGAGUCCUACGACGGAUCAAGACCCCUUGCCAUCCCGAAGUUGAACCUCCAAUAUCUCACCAUGGGCGAUUUCCUGUGGAGGUCGUUCAUCUUGUACCGCGCUGAGUCGUUCUACGGUAUUCGAAAGGACAUGGAGGAUGUAAUCAAGCGCGUGAAACCUAAAGGCAAGGGUGCAAACACCAAGUUCAAUGGCGUUUCCAAGAUGUCGUUGCCCAUCAUGAAGCCUGCUAUUGUCGACGUGGCGCCUUCGAAGGUUGGAGAAGAGCACCCAGCAUAUGUACGAGCAGAGAUCAUCCUAGAUGUGAGUCGUCUUCAGACUCCAGUGCGAAAGGACUGGGAGCAACUUAGGCCGGAUGAUGUUGUGUUCCUUCUCGUCGUCGAAGGUAAUGAUGACGUGCCUAUGCGAAAUGGCCACCGCGGCGAAUCUACAACCGGUGAGCAACUUGGCUUGCACAGGAUGAGGUGCGCUCAGGUGGUUCAGAUCCAGGACGACAAAGGACGACCUCUACGUGAACAAACCCGCGAUGAUGGCUUCGGGCCUAGGGCACGGCAACGGCGGCUCCUCGUCAACAUCGACGCGAGGCAAUACAAAGUCGACAUGGAUCAGGCUGCAGAAGGAAGGCCCAACGUAUACGAGCACAUGAACCUGAUCGUACGUCGGAAAGGGCGGGAAAACAACUUCCUUCCCAUCCUCGAAUCGAUUAAGCGCCUGACCCUCUCCGACAUCCCAGCACCAUCUUGGCUUCAGGAAGUCUUUCUAGGCUAUGGCGAUCCUGCAUCAGCAACCUACAAGCGACUCCCUAACCGCCUGUAUUCAAUAGACUACCGCGACACUUUCAUAGACUGGCAGCACCUGAUCGAGUCCAUGCCCGGCAAGUCUAUCGAACCACAGGAGGGAGCACAGACAUCCUUUGGACCCCCGUACAUCGUGCAGUUCCCUGCUGCAGCUGAACCAGAGGUUGCACCACCAAAAGCAUCGAAAAAGCGGCGCCGCGGCCAGGUUGAGGUUAAACCGCCCAGGCACGAAUCAAUCCGUGUGUCCUCAUACAAACCGCCGAACAUGGGACCUUACCCUGCAGAUGCACCGAAGCUGAAUUCAGUGCGAUUUACGCCCGCUCAGGUUGAAGCCAUUACUUCAGGGACCCAGCCUGGCCUAACGGUGGUGCUCGGACCCCCGGGCACCGGUAAGACGGACGUUGCGACCCAGAUUAUAUCCAAUAUAUAUCACAAUUUUCCGGACCAGCGGACGCUACUCAUCGCACACAGUAAUCAGGCGCUUAACCAGCUCUUCCAAAAAAUCGUCGCUCUUGACAUUGAUGAGCGUCACCUGCUGCGUCUCGGUCAUGGUGAAGAAGAUCUUGAAACGAGUGCAAGCUACAGCAAGCAUGGCAGAGUAGAAUCUUUCCUCGAGAGAGGACAGUACUACCUCUCUGAAGUUGACCGUCUUGCCAAGAACUUCGGUGCGCCCGGUGCUCACGGUAGCUCGUGCGAGACUGCAGAUUACUUCAAUCUUGUCUAUGUGAAGCCAGCGUGGACGCAGUAUUGGGACAGUGUUUCAUCGGAAGAGACGAGCGUCGAACAAAUAAUCGCUGAGUUCCCAUUCAGAGAUUACUUUUCAAACGCUCCACAACCGCUCUUCCCUCAGGCAGCCGACCGUGAAGAGAUUCUUGAGAUUGCGCAUGGCUGCUAUCGUCAUGUUGAGAAGAUUUUUACUGAGCUCGAGGACAUCCGUCCAUUCGAGAUUUUGCGGAACCCACGAGACAAGGCGAACUACCUACUGGUGAAGGAGGCCCGCAUCAUCGCGAUGACAUCGACACAUGCCGCCAUGCGAAGACAGGAGAUUGCUUCGUUAGGCUUCCACUACGACAAUGUUAUCAUGGAAGAAGCCGCCCAGAUUACCGAAAUCGAGAACUUCAUCCCACUCGCUCUGCAAAACCCACGGAAUGGCGAACUGCCCUUGCAGCGCAUUGUCCUUUGUGGUGAUCAUCUCCAGAACUCGCCCGUUAUCCAGAAUCUUGCUUUCCGACAAUAUGCCAACCUUGAGCAAUCCCUUUUCCAGCGACUCGUCCGUCUUGGUGUACCAACCAUUAUGCUUGACCAGCAAGGUCGUGCUCGCCCAUCCAUUGCGGAAUUGUACAAGUGGCGAUACCCAUCACUCUCCAACUUGCCGUCUGUUCUCAAGGAACCCCAAUUCCAGAUCGCGAACCCCGGCUUCAAGCACGAAUACCAGUUCAUUGAUGUACAGGACUACAAGGGCAAGGGUGAAGACCAACCCACGCCUCACUGGAUGAUCAACCUAGGAGAGGCUGAAUAUGCGGUUGCGUUGUACAUGUACAUGCGUCUGCUAGGCUAUCCCGCAAACAAGAUCUCCAUCCUCACAACAUACGCGGGCCAAAAGUCUUUGAUCAACGAUGUCCUAGGCCACAAAUGCAAGAACAACCCACUCUUCGGACGUCCACGCAUCGUCGCCACCGUCGACAAAUACCAGGGUGAGCAAAACGACUACAUCAUCCUCUCCCUAGUCCGUACCCGCGCCAUCGGCUACCUCCGCGAUAUUCGCCGCCUAACCGUCGCGCUCUCCCGUGCACGUCUAGGCCUAUACAUCCUGGGUCGCCGCUCCGUCUUCGAAUCCGUCUUCGAACUCAAACCAGCCUUUGACGUGCUGCUCCAACGCCCCGACAAGCUCACUCUCGUCACAGACGAAAUGUUCGGCCAGACGCAGCGUCCGCUCCCCGAACAGAUAGACGCGCCCGUUGAGGGCGAGGCCGUCAUGCAGGAUGUUGAACAUUUGGGUAAAUACGUAUACGAGAUGACUAAAGCCAAGGUCGAAGCUAUGAGAUUCAAUGGCGGUGGUGUGCUGUUGCCGAGUAGAGAGAUCAAUAUGGGUGGGGUGAAUGCGAAUGGGGUGGCGAAGGUGGAUGAUGAUGAGGAUGUGGACAGGGAGGAGAAUGUCCUCAUUCCUGAGGAAGUUGUGCCGGCCUUUGCGGAUGAGGAUGAGGAUGAGGAGGAUGGCGGCGUGCCUAUCUGAGUAUAGAUGUAGAUUUUGUUGCGUAGGUUGCGAUGCAAAGAUUGGGGUUCGUUUUC